AUGAGCACUGCUUUUAAGUAUGUUUUGGAGCUGCAGUACGAUAACAACGGUAAGCCAUUUGUCUACUUUUCCGGAAGGAGAUAUUAUCAGACUGGAGAAAAGACGGUCACUUUCCUAGAAAAUGAUGGUUGCAUUACCACAGUUUAUUUGGACUGGCCUGCUGUCCCAGAAAAUAUUGGUGCGGUCGAUGUGUAUCAACAUAAAUUAUGCGCUUAA